AUGAGGUUUCUGAGCCUCGUCGGCAACUCAUUCGGCUGCUCCGCGUCCGGCGAACGCUUAGUAUCAGCGGCCAGAGACGGCGAUUUGCAGGAAGCCAAGGCUCUCUUAGAUUACAACCCAAGACUCGCUCGCUACUCCACUUUCGGCGUUCGUAACUCUCCUCUCCAUUACUCCGCCGCUCAAGGCCACCACGAGAUAGUUUCUCUGUUGGUGGAAUCAGGAGUUGAUAUUAAUCUCCGGAACUACCGUGGACAGACGGCUUUGAUGCAAGCUUGUCAACAUGGUCACUGGGAGGUUGUUUUGAUUCUGAUUCUCUUUGGUGCUAAUAUUCACAGAUCAGAUUACUUAAACGGUGGUACUGCUCUGCACCUGGCGGCUCUAAAUGGUCACCCUCGGUGUAUCAGGAUCUUGCUUUCAGAGUACAUACCAAGUGUUCCCAAUUGCUGGAGCCUCUUGAAGAAUAAUAAAUCCUCAAUUGCUGGAUUUGAUCCAAGUGUUCUUCACGAAGUGAUAAACAGAGCAGCAGAUGGAGGAAUCACACCUCUUCAUGUGGCGGCUCUGAAUGGUCACAUAGAGACGGUGCAGUUACUCUUGGAUUUGGGAGCUUCUGUUACUCAGGUCACUGUGGAAGAUGGAACCACAAUAGACCUUAUAGGUGCUGGGAGUACACCUCUUCAUUAUGCUUCAUGUGGUGGAAACACACAGUGUUGCCAGCUUUUGAUCGAGAAGGGUGCCUGUUUAGCCGCCAUGAACUCUAACGGAUGGACGCCAAUGAUGGUUGCUCGCUCAUGGCACCGGAACUGGCUAGAAGAAGUCCUGAAUCCAACCACAGAGCAUCCACAAAGCCAUCCCCCAAAAGUCCCUUCUCCUUUCCUCUGCCUUCCUCUUAUGAGCAUUGUCCAGAUUGCACAAGAAUGUGGUUGGCGAGAAAACGAUUGUCUCACUCCAUGCCGUGACCCUUGCGCUGUUUGUUUGGAAAGAAAAUGCACCGUUGCAGCAGAUGGAUGUGGUCAUGAGUUCUGCACAAACUGUGCAUUGUACCUAAGCACCACAAACAUAACAUCGCCAAAGACAUCACAAGCCACACCAGGCUCAGUGCCAUGUCCUCUGUGUCGUCACGGCAUUGUCUCUUUCAACAAACUUCCACACACAAUGGCAACAGCAACGACAACUUCAUCAAGAACAAGCAUCUCCUUGUCCUUUUGCACUUGCUCCUCUGAGAUCUUGGACACAGCUCUCCUCACUGACCCUCACUACAGUUGUAAACCGGUUGUGUCAAGACACGGUUCUCGGAUCUCGCAGUCUGUUGGAUCAUCAUCGUUUCGGUCUCUUAGCUGCAAUCGUUUCCCUCCAAGUCUCUGCCUCGGUGGUUCGGAUGUUGACGAACCGCAGAGCCGGUUAAUGAGUGGAUCGUAUUCAAGAUCCGGUUUAGGGUUCAGGCGAUCGACGUCGCAGGUUGAAGGAAAACGUUCUUGGUUUUCUGCACUUAACCAUUGUGUUACAACCGGUGGAAAUGCUUGCUAA